AUGGUUCCUUUGGGCACCAUCGAUGGUGCUCCAAAGAACAUCAUUAAGGGUCUUUGUGGACCUAACUGGUUCAGUAAAGAACCGCUCAAAGGAAAACUCCACAAAAUGGUCAUGAGUAUUGGUUGGAACCCUUACUACAAAAAUACCAAGAAGUCCAUGGAGACCCAUGUCAUUCACAACUAUAAGGAAGACUUUUAUGGGGAGGUUCUUAGUGUUGUCAUGGUGGGUUACAUCCGUGAAGAAAAGAGCUUCAGCUCCCUUGAAGCCCUCAGAGCAGCCAUCAACAGUGACAUUGAGGAGGCCAAAGUGAAGUUGGAGCUUCCAGAGCAUCUCAAACUCAGAGAAGAUAACUUCUUCACCAGUGUCCACAGUUCAUCCUCAACCCAAUCCGCCACAAACACAUCCACACCUCACAGCAUCAUGAAUGGUCACUAACAGCUGACUGUGCCUGCAGAACUUUCUGCAUACAUUCAGUGUACACAG